GGUUUCCUUUCUAUACAAUUGGUCGUUUUGCCAAUGAGGUGUGUACGGGCAAGAAUAAUCUUCAUGGCACUUGUAUGGUGAGAGGAGAAUGUGCCGAUAAUGGAGGAGUUUCAGCAGGAGGUUGUUCAACCAUUACCAAUCAGGCGGUUUGUUGUAUAUACCAGAAAACCUGCGGCGCUACCACCCAAUACAAUAACACCUAUUUCUACAACUCCGGCUAUCCGGGUACCUACAGUGGCGGCGGCCGAUGUACCAUAGUGGUGCAACCCUGCGAUUCAAAUAUUUGUCAACUUAGAAUUGAUUUUCUUUCGCUACAAUUGGCUCCACCAAAUGGUGAUGGUUUCUGUUUGACCGAUUCUCUACAGAUAACGGGCGGUUCGUCGCGUGUACCAGCCAUAUGUGGUGAUAAUUCAGGACAACAUGUUUAUGUAGAUUUCAAUGGUGAAUCACCCAUAACCAUUUCAGUAGCCACCUCCUCCAGUUAUACCUUUAAUCGUCAGUGGCAAUUACAAAUAGCACAAUUAGCAUGUGCCUCACCCACACUGGCGCCCUCCGGCUGCCUGCAAUACUAUAUGGAGGACAGUGGCACCGUACAGAGUUUCAAUUAUGGUUCGGCGGCCAGUUCUUUACCCAAUUCGAUUGGUGUGCCGGGUAGUAGACAAAUAGCUAAUCAUCGUUAUGGCAUUUGUAUACGUAUGGGUGCAAAUAAAUGUUCUAUAACCUGGAGCCAAGUAGACUCGGAUGCCUAUUCCUUUACUCUCACCAAUGAUGUGGGUGCUGUAGAUCCUUCACUCUUGGCCACGGAGGCAGUACAAAGUCAAGAAUGUACCACCGACUUUGUUAUCAUACCAAAUCCCACACAAAAUGGUAACACCUUACCCAGUGAUCGUUUUUGUGGUUUGGGUUUGGUAUCCACCACCAGCUCUACCAAACCUUUUGUUUUGUAUGUCGUUACAGAUGACAAUGAGGAUUUCGAUAUAUCAAAUCGUGGAUUUUAUCUUUCGUAUUCACAAAGUGGCUGUCCGGUUAUAUGAUGAGAAUGCUGCAGUGUUUUUUUUUAUACAAAUCAUUAUUUUUUUAAUGACUGAGGAAUUUAUAGGUUGAG